GGUUCUCAUCUCAUUUCAGUAGAAAAAUGGCUCAACGGACGUGGCAUAUGUUUACGGUGUUAUCUUUACUAUUUACAGUUUUAUCACUUGUUGGAGAUGUUUUAUCAACAUCUCCGCCUGCGCCAUGGUACGAAAAUCUGCCUGCAGUCACUAUGGAUUAUAAAGUUCACAUAGAUGCAGGCAAAGAAGAUUGUUACUUUCAAUAUGUACAACCGGGUGCUACAUUCUACGCCAGUUACCAGGUAUUGAAAGGGGGAGAUGGUAUGUGUGGGUUCGCCGUACGUCACCCAAAUGGUCAAAUAGUUCAUCCCUACGAAUGGCGGCAAAGCGCGGAGUAUGCAGAUCAGACCUCCAGCGGAGGGUACUAUGCUGUGUGCAUCGACAACCAGUUCUCAAGGUUCGCUGGAAAGCUGGUGAACUUGUACCUAUCGGUGAUCAGAUACGACAUGUGGGAGAAGUAUGCAAAGGAGGUGGAGGAGAUGGAUAUGAAUAUAAAGAAUUUUACGAACUCCAUUCAAUUUGUGGAGAGGAACAUCAAUGAUAUCCUGCAGUAUCAGUACCACUCGAGGGCCCGUGAGUCUCGGGACUUCAACUUGCUGCAAGAUAACAACAAUUAUGUUCAAAGAUGGUCUAUUAUACAAAUAUUAACAAUAGCGGCGACAGCCAGCCUACAAGUGUACUUCGUGAGGAAGCUGUUCGAGGUCAAAGACAACUCCUCCAAGACGAGAAUAUGAUGACCUAGCGAUGGUGAUUGUGUUAAAACUUAUUGUUAUCUGACCACGUUGACUUUUCACUUGAAUCUUAGGUUUGUCAGUGAUCUGAGAUAUGACCUAUUUCGUUAAUGCUUUUCUUACUCAUUGCAUGGUCCCCAAUAUAAAGCGGGCUCUGUUUUGACUUUGACUUACUGACAUAUUCAAAAUAUAAUUAGAGUUAAUAAUCAUACAUUCCAAGUUAUAAAUAUAAUUGUUUACAGUACAAUGAGCCCAGAAGACUGCGAAGGCCUAUUUUGUGAAUAAAAUAUUGAUUUGGAUUUAGACAAGUCAAUAUUCAGUACGCCACUUAAAGCGGGAAGGUUAUCUUCUGGGUCCUCUGUGCGCCUGCAGAUAAACUUCAACCUCUAUAGUGUUGGUUUGUUUGAACAGGGGGAUGUUUCUUUGCAGGUGACUGCGCUAACUGGUCAAUACUCUAAUAAACAUUGUCAUGAAUAUUUCAUAUGAUUUGGCAUGAAAAGGAUAAUAAUUAUAGGUGCCAAAAUAAUAAUUACAUUUGCACGUCAAUUUCUCAUCCAUAUUAUUUAAUUAUUGGUCGGAUUAAUCAAAUUGGUUAGGUAAGAAUUGACAAAGUUGAAUAAAUAUUAAGGUCUAAUAAUGUCAUGGGUAGACAUAAUUUUAAGAAGUUAUAUAUUUCCAGUUUCAAUUAAAAGUUAACUAAUAUUAUAAUUAAGCACAAUAUGUUCAUUCCAUUUUUAUGCUCGAAUUAUGUGAUCUCUAAGUUGUGAGCUUGUUUUCAAUUAAUAAUUAAGUGAAAGUGGUCAAGAUUUGUUUUCCGUAAAAGUACAAGGUGCACAAAUAAUGCUUUUUAUACGGGAAGUUGGUGGCUGAAUGUUAUACUGCUUAAUAUUGUGAAUAGCCUUAGAAUUCUCACUGAUGGGAAAAAAUCACUUUUAGUUAAUUAAAGUUUUAUUCUACUACUCAUCACAGUUAGUCUUUAAUAUGUAAGCGAACUGUUUCCAUCUGUUUUAGUAAAAUAUUAUAUGCUCACUUUCAAAUAAUUCAAUCCUGCUCUCUGUUUAAAUUCAGUAGCCAUCUUUGAGAUUAAAUAUGUUUUCUAUAGAGUUGUUAUUAAUUUAAGUGUUUAGAUCUGAUUUUUUUUAUUUUGUGACGUCAUCAUGAGUAUUUUGCGAAAGAUUGUACUAUUUAUUAAAUAUUGAAAAUAUUUUUUUAAUUAUUUACUAUAUUUACUGUUAUUUCUGAUUGCGAAUGAAAAUUGUACAAGGGUAUUCUGACAAUUGUACUUAAUUAAAUAUACCGCUACAGAGCAAAUUGGUGCAAUUUUUUGUUUUUUUA